AUGCUCGGCCCCGUCCUCAGGAGGCGCGUCCUCCAGCAGCGCACCACCCUCCGCUUCGUCCUCCCCUCUACCUCGAGCCUGUCAAGAUGGUACGCUUCCUACCCGCCGCACACCGUCGUCAAGAUGCCCGCCCUGUCCCCGACCAUGACCGCCGGAAACAUUGGCGCGUGGCAGAAGAAGCCCGGUGACUCCAUUGAGCCCGGUGAGGUCCUCGUCGAGAUCGAGACCGACAAGGCCCAGAUGGACUUUGAGUUCCAGGAGGAGGGUGUGCUGGCAAAGAUCCUUAAGGAAUCAGGCGAGAAAGAUGUCCCAGUUGGCAAUCCCAUCGCAGUUCUAGUCGAGGAAGGUACCGAUGUGAGUGCGUUCGAGGGUUUCAAGCUCGAGGACGCCGGAGGCGAUGCUGCCAAGCCCGCGCCCAAGGAGGAAUCCAAGUCUGAGGAGAAGUCCUCAGAACCCGCACCGGCUCCCGAACCCGCACCGGAGCCUGAGGACACCGACACUUCUGGCAAGCUACAGACCUCUCUCGACCGCGAGCCCAACAUUUCUGCUGCUGCCAAGCGCCUAGCGAUCGAGAAGGGCGUCAAGCUCGAGGGUCUCAAGGGCACUGGCGAGAAGGGCAAGAUCACCGAGGAGGACGUUAAGAAGGCGUCUUCAGCUCCCGCUGCUGCUGCCUCUGCCCCCGCGGGUGCCGCGUACGAGGAUAUUCCCAUCACCGGCAUGCGCAAGACCAUUGCCAACCGCCUCAAGCAGUCCACCCAGGAGAACCCGCACUACUUCGUCACCUCUGCCAUCUCCGUGAGCAAGCUGUCCAAACUUCGACAGGCUCUCAACAACUCAUCCGAGGGCAAGUACAAGCUUAGCGUCAAUGACUUCCUCGUCAAGGCUAUCGCCAUUGCCGCCAAGAAGGUUCCUGCUGCCAACUCAUCGUGGCAGGAUGGAUUCAUCCGCCAGUACAACACUGUUGACGUCUCCGUCGCUGUUGCCACUCCCGUCGGCCUGAUCACCCCCAUCGUCAAGAACGCCGACUCUAAGGGCCUAGAGACCAUUUCCAACUCUGUCAAGGAGCUCGCUAAGCGUGCUCGUGAUGGCAAGCUCAAGCCCGAGGAGUACCAGGGCGGUAGCAUCUCCAUCUCCAACAUGGGUAUGAACCCGGCGGUCGAGCGCUUCACUGCCGUCAUCAACCCCCCUCAGUCCACUAUCCUCGCCAUCGGCGCUCCCCAGAAGGUCGCCGUUCCCCUGGAGAACGAGGAUGGCACAACCGGUGUUGCCUGGGAUGAGAAGAUCAACAUCACCGCCAGCUUCGACCACAAGGUCGUUGACGGUGCUGUCGGCGCCGAGUUCAUGCGCGAGCUGAAGAAGGUGAUUGAGAACCCUCUGGAGCUGCUGCUGUAA